CUGAUGCGCUGCGUGCUUGGGAUUGUUGUGAUGGGAGGACGCCGCCAUCUUGAAUCACCGCCACUUCACAAGUCAGUUAGCCGCUAGCCGCUCGCCUGUUUCCACCGGAGUCCAACGCUUGUGACCAUGGUCGUUUCGUCUUACAGUUUGUCGCUUGCUUCCCGUUAAAGAAUGCAACAUGGGUAAAAGGCGUUCCAAGUGCAACGCUGUCGUUUAGAGGAGGCGACGUUGUUCCAGGCCCUCUGCAUGAGAAUAUUUCUGGAUAAAGGAGUUAUUAUGAAUGGAGGAUAAAUGUUGCCGAAGGCGGACAGCAGCAGUUUCGUCCUCUUCUCCCUUCUCUUCGUGGUCACAGUAACGGACCCGCCACGGACAGGUUCAUGGCUAGUUCUGGCAAGAACAUUGUCAGAGCAGCGCUGCAGCCCCGGGCAGUUCGCCUGCCGCAGUGGGAAAAUGCAGUGUAUCCCAAUGUCCUGGCAGUGUGAUGGCUGGACAGCCUGUGACGACAAGAGUGACGAAAUGGACUGUCCCCCUAUCAAGGAGGAACGGUUCCGUUUUGGCAACGGUUACGACCAAGUGGAAGACGUUAUGGGUGUGGCUCAGCCGGUCCGCUUCAACAAAAAAUGCCCAAGUGGGUGGCAUCAUUACGAAAAGACGGCAAGCUGCUACAAGGUCUACUUGAGGAACGAGAACUACUGGCAGGCGGUUGACACGUGCCAGAAGGUCAACGGGUCAUUGGCCACAUUCGUCACCAACGAAGAGCUACAGUUCAUCCUGAAGAUUGAGGUGGACUUCGAUGAAAAUGUUUGUGAGCGCAGAGAUCAGUGCAAGUUCUGGGUGGGCUACCAGUACGUGAUCACCAAUCAGAACCAUUCCCUGGCAGGUCGCUGGGAAGUGGCCUACAAAGGGUCCAUGCAGGUGUUUCUCCCUCCUGAGGGUCUGACAAAUUUCGGUGAAGCAUCUCCCACUCAGGACAACGUCUUCUGUGCGCAGCUGCAGCGCUUCCAGUUCAAAAGCAUCAAUGAGCGAGGCCUCCACAGCUGGCACGCGGAGAACUGCUACAAAAAGUUUCCUUUUCUCUGCAAGAGGAGGCAAACAUGUGUGGAUAUAAAGGACAACGUGGUGAACGAGGGCUACUAUUUUACCCCAAAAGGGGACGACCCGUGCCUGAGCUGCACAUGUCAUGACGGUGAGCCGGAGAUGUGUGUGGCAGCUCUCUGUGAGCGACCGCAGGGCUGCCAGCAUUUCAGGAAGGAUCCCAAAGAGUGCUGUAAAUUCACCUGCCUUGAUCCAGAUGGAAACAGCCUGUUCGACUCGAUGGCCAGCGGGAUGCGACUGAUUGUCAGCUGCAUCUCCUCCUUCCUCAUCCUCUCGCUCCUCCUCUUCAUGGUGCACCGCCUUCGCCAACGCAGGCGCGAACGCAUCGAGACGCUUAUUGGUGGAAACUUGCAUCACUUCAACUUGGGGAGGCGAGUCCCUGGGUUCGACUACGGUCCUGACGUCUUCGGCACCGGCCUCACUCCUCUGCACCUGUCGGACGAUGGAGAAGGAGGAGCGUUUCACUUCCAGGAGCCUCCUCCGCCAUAUGCUGCCUACAAAUACCCUGACAUGCAGCACCCAGAUGACCCCCCUCCUCCGUACGAGGCCUCCAUAAACCCUGACAGCCUCCUCUACGUGGACCUCAGACACGGGGUCCCAAUGGUGCCGAGCCACAUGGUGGACGGACUCCAGUCGGACGUGUCCAACACCUCCGCAGCGGCGCCGCCCCCUCAGGAGCGAGAGGACUCCAUUGAUAGCAGCACCCUCCUGGUGGGCCCCGACACGCCCAGCGAGGAGAACGUGCCCUCCUCUGUGCCUGUGGACUCCCUCAGUACAGUGGUGUAGGACCAUCCCCCGCUGCUGCCUGAAGUUUCUGACGAAACACUGCAGACUGUUCAGGAGCGUAUGGUGGAGAGCCACACUUUACAUGGACCACAUGCUCUCAGUCGUGCUGUGUUGAUAUGUUCAAGUCCAAAAAACGAAGCAGAGAGGACUGACUGGACACAGGCGACCUGUACAUACACCCUCAGGCCAGACUGGAGUGGUCACGUAGUGAGCUGCGUGUUCCUUUGGAGCUCUUUACUUGUCAGUCAGAAGAUUUUGACGUGCGCCCACGCUGCCCGCCCCAACACUGAACCUGACUUGUUGCUACGCCUGGGCCACGUUUCUCAGCAGGCCAAAGUGGGACAUUCAGCAGAAGGGACGGCUGGUACACUCAUAACUAGCAUGCUAACAUUAGCGGUGCCGGUGUGCAACAGCCGCGACUGCCUCAACUUCACAUCAGUACUGUGGCUCUGUGACCUGGUAGUCACGAGAGCAGGUAGUUGAGUGAGAGUGGCCUAAGGCGGUUGAGUGUUGAUGAUGCUGCUGCUGCUGAACAGAUGUGUGACGCCAAGUCAACCCCAACAUUUCACCUGGAAACUCUGGAGAAAGUAGGAACUAGAUUAAGGACUGGUCAUCUUCAGGUUUCAGGCACAGUAGUUUGGAACUGCACCGGGAACCAAGGUUCUAAAUCUUGAGUGGGAAUUGUCAUGUCGCUGAUAUUGUCACUGAAACAAGGAUUGAUGUUGAAGUCAUUUGGUGGGCUUUCCUGUCGUGGACUCCGUGGUUUGCUCAUUUAGCUGGGCUCUUUUGUUUUUGUUUUUUUUUUGUUACUCAUUUGAAUCGCUUCUCAAAGCUAACUGCUAGCAACCAACACAAGUAGUCAGUACUGGUGUGCAGUCCUUCAUGAGAAUCUCAAGUGACGCCAACAACGUCAGGGAGUCCAGAGAGGCUGGCUGCUGGUGCUUAGCAUCAUCUCAACGUUUGAUGCAGGCCCUCGCUGCCCCGCCUCACUCGAUUGACGACGUCACAGUGUUGGUUGAGUAGAACCGGCCUGAACUUCCAUACAGUGACUCGUGUGAGGAAAAUGACGAGUAAGAACCGGCACUUUUGUGUGUUAUGUUUUUAUAAUGGAGUGCAGGGACGUUGCACCAGAUACGCGUCCUGCAGCUGAAGAUCAGCCUGUGCACGGUUUAACCUCCUCUGCUCUGGGUCGCCUGGAUGCAGCCCUCCCAUCCCUGUUGUUGAGUUGAGGGAGUUGUGCUUUGCUCCCUGCGGUGACGGGAAACCUGGUGUCUGGACUCUUCAUCCCGCUCGGGUCUUUGGGUGAUCCCAAGGAUGGCUUUUUCUACGACUUCAGCCGGUGUGACGGAAGUUCAGCGGCUCACCAGCAUCUGGCCUCGUGUGUGUGCGUGUGUGCGCGCGCUUGGAUGUACAGUGUGUAAAGAAAAUAUUUAUCUCCUUCACGUCAUGUUGAGUUCAAAAUUGUCAUGCUUUGACAAUCCGCUUUGGAUUACAUUGGAAACGGUGAGUGGCCAUUAGUUUCUUUGUUUUCUACCUGCAUGGUGAGUUUGUUUUCUCUCGGCAUGUUCCUCAGCUCCCGGCUUUGUUUUGGAAUACUCUGUCUGAGGACGCUGCACAAGCAUCCCCGUCAGCUUCAUCCCCACUUCCUGUAUUGACUCUGUACAGAUGUUACCUGUGUUGAAACCCUCUUGGGAGGGGUGGGGCUCGUGUGUUUCCCAGCUCAAUGUUCAUCUAAUCCAAUGCCAAAUAAAUCGCACCAUGGAGGUUGGCUGAUGCAUCACAGAAUACUUGACAUUUUACUGCGCAGGGACCGGCUUCAUGGGAAAUUCCUGUCAGAGCUGUGAUUAAAUGUCAGCGUGGAUUAAGGUGGAACCACGGGAAAGUCCCCACGGCCGGAGUUUGUGGGAUAAAUCCGGAGCAGAGGUCUGAAUAAUGAGGCUGAGAGCCGGCACGGCGAUAGUGAUACUCCGCCGCGGAGCAUUGUCGCUGGAGAAUAGUGCCUUUGUGCUGUAGAGCCAAGUCGUGACAGAACCAGUGUCUAUUUGGGGAGCGGAGGAAGAGGGACGCUGCUUCAAACCAGCUUCAAAAUCCAGUUCAGGAUUUUAUUCAAUCUCGUUUAUUCUUUUUUUUUUUUUUUUUUUUUGUCAUGCUUCUGAUGCAUCCGAAACAAUACACAUUAAAAUUAAUUAAAUAUAAAUGAAAAGUGUGGAACAAUCUACGCUUAGCAAAUUUAGAAAUAGCAUUACACUCUAGGAAAAACAAAGCAAAUGCAAUAAAGUCAAUAAUGUAAGAACAGUCUACACGCUUGUCGUGUCAAACGUGACGCUGUGUCCGAAAGGUUAGCUUGGAGUCUAAGGACGCCACGAUCUUCAGCGAAUAACAUUUCACCCUUAUUGUGACCCAAUAACAUUGAUCUGCUUUUACUUCACCUAGUAAUUUGCUAACCUUUGUGUGAUGAAAAACAGCAGUCAACUGACUCAGUCAGCGGGUGGCAGUAGUCUUCUGGAAUCCACUCGCGCUGCCCACGCAGUAAGAACGAGGAAGAAAGGGGAAGAAAAGGAAAAUGUCAUCAUCCGUUCUUUCUGCUAUUAUCAACUUCAUAUAUUUUUCUAAGUCACUUUCCUCGCAGAUGAUGAAAGAUGCUGACAUUCGCUUAAGUCUCAGGGUUUUAACACCUUAAACACUUUUACACAAAAACAUCCAUUAAAAAUAAAUGAAUACAAGUGCAAAGUUAUCAUGUGUUUUAUUUGAAUUGUGCAACUAAAACUGAACAGUUUGAAAUCCUCAAUGAUUCAUGAUUAUUCAAGGAAACUGUCACCAUAAUAAAGUCUUUGUCUUAACAAAUAAUAAACUAAAGUAAAAAGUGAAAUUACGUCCAAUGAAAAUGAACCUUUAAAAUUUAUAACGUUGGAGUUCGAUGGGAAGAGUUUGGUCGUGAACAAAGCGAUGCACUUAAGGUCUUUAAGUCGUCCAGACCCGCAUCUUUGCUCUCAGAUCCAGUUCCUCCUGGCCUCAGAGAAGCGGUCCUGCACAGAUGAAUGGCUCUUGUUA